GGAUUUUGUUCGAUGCCAUUGCCUGCGAGCCUGAAGAGGGUGGCCGUUGCUGCCCUUAAGAAGCAAACCAAGAGUAGUAAUUAUCAACUAAGUUUAGCUGAACUGCAGAGAAACAAAAAAUAUUUCAACUUGGAUGCAUCUGUUCAAAGAAGCAAUGCACAGCUGACCUAUUCUGCCUCAGAGCUCGUCGAACAAACGUCGUGUAAGCAAGUAGGUUUACAAAUGUAUAUCAAAACAAGGUUACAAAUCCAGUCCUUAUUCACUAUUGGUCAAUGUGAAGGAAACAAGGAAAAGAAGGACUUGGGAACAUUCUCCGAUACCUCUUAUCGUGGCCAAUAUGACAAGGGAAAAGAGAAGACUCUUCUUUGCUCUGCGUCACCUUGGACUUUAGCUCUGUCAGCAGUAUUGUCGUUUGCAGUUUUUUGUGAAGGUACAAAAGAAAAUGGGCAGCAGAUGGAAAACUUGGCGAAUGAAGAGAAGCAGAGAAAAUUUCGAACGGUUAUUGAUGACUUGCAGUCCGACAAUAUCGAGAGUGCACAAGGCGCUUUGAAGUAUCUUCUAGUACUAGUGCAGAACUCCGACAAUCAUGAAAUACUUAUCAAAUUGGGAAUAGCAACUGCAUUAGUCAAUGUACUUUCAUGCUCCAAUCAGGAGGCAAGACUUCUGCGCCAAGUAGGUGUUGAAGAGACAAGUUCGGGUCGUAUUUGUUUGGACAGAAGUCAAAUUGUUUACAUAUUGGCUCAAUUGUCCCAAUCAACUUGUAGCCAUAACGCUCUAAUGGAAGCUAACGUAGUGGCAUCUAUUUGCGAUUUAUUGCAAGAUAUGGGAUGGAAAACCAGUAAUCAUUCACCAGGGACAUUUUCUUGGUUGCCUGAAUGGCUUUCAUUUGGCAGAAACCGUAAUGAGAGGAACAAAGAGAAGAACGAUUCAUCAUUGCCAAAAGUUGCUUCCACAGUGGCACUCUCUUCCCAGGAAAGUAUGGUAGGUUCUAAUUCUUUGCAUGGACAAGACCAACAAGAUACUAUGUUUUUAUCUCGAAAGUCAUCUUCUUUAUUACUAGAUUUGAGAAGAGAAGAUCAACAAAAAUCACAAAUGACCCACUCUUGUAUUCAGCUCAUUUCCCAUUUAGCUUGUAAUCCUAAGUUUAUUGACAAACUCAUGCAGUCGCCAGUUAUCUAUCCAUUGUUAGAUAUAUUUCAACACGAUGAAGAUUUAAUCACGAGGAGAGAAGCUUUGCUAGCUGUUGCUUCACUUGCCAAAGCAGAUUCCAACGUUUUUGUUAAAAGUGGUGCCUUAUCGUUGCUGACUCAGUAUUCAGAAAGUCAAGAUCCACAACUGAGUAGUUAUGCUGUUGGAGCACUUUUAAAUGCAAUGAAACAUGGAGAUAUAGAUACACAUCGUCAGUUUAUGAAGGAGGAGGGCCAUCGUAAAUUGAUUAGCAUUUGUCAAAGGAAAGAUAAGGCAUAUGAACAAAGUAGAAUAUUUGCUGUGCUUACCCUUGGAGAGUUGUUUCAAACGGAACAUCCUAAAGGAACUAUUAUACGUCAAAAAUUGUUACAAAGUGGUGCAGUGGAUGUUUGGAAGGACAUUUUGUUGCACAGUCAUGAAGAAGAUGAAGCAUUAUUAAGGAAUGUUUGUAAGGUAUUUUGGUUAUGUGGACAAAAGUCGGCCAGUAGAGAUAUUAUUGCCAAGGCAUUGGAUGAUAAGACAGUAGAGAAAUUGGUAUCGUUUUUAGGCAAGACUUUUUCCAAUGAGUUAAGUUGUGCCUCCUUGUUUGCUUUGUCAUUUUACGUAAAUGAUGAGAAAGUGAAACAUGAGUUGGCAAAGCAGGAACAUUUAAUAGAAAACAUUGUUCCCAUGUUGAGUCGUUCUUCCAAUGUUUCCGAGGUUGCAGUUUCCAUUUUAUCUUCAUUAUCUACGGAUACGGCUAGUCAUAUGCAAUUGUGUAAAGCCAGUUGUUUGAUAGCCUUGUUAAAAGUACCAAGUACACCAAGUAAUUCACAAUUUAUUGUUCAAUUAUUGGCUAAUCUGUCUAAAAAUGAAGCUUGUCGAGUUCAUGUGGCACAUGAAGGUGGUUUAUCAUUAUUGUUAAAGUUUGCCAACUCCAAAGACCAAACAUUGCGACAAGAAGCAGCUAGAGCUUUGUAUAAUUUAUGUAGACCUGGCGUUACCCGAACUAUGGUGGUUCAAGCAGGUGCUCUGAGAACCCUUGUUUCACUGAUUGCCUCUACGGAUGAUCCAGUAACUAGCAAAUACGCGAUAGGUUGCUUGUCUAGUAUUGCUGAGAGUUUUGAAAAUGUACCUCGUUUAGCAGAGUUAGGUGUUGCCAGUUUGUUGGUCAAGAAAUUGGGUAAUACUCCAAAACCUUCAAAGGAAAUGCUACGAUAUAGUGUUUUAUGUAUUGCUGAAAUGGCAAAUAUCAUGGAGAUUCAUUCAUUGUUGGCUGAUUCUGGAGUUAUUCCUGUAUUAUUGUCUUGUUGUGCCAGUCGGGACUUGGAAACUCAACAGUACGCUCUGAUGGCGUUGUGUAAUCUUUCAGCCACUGAGAGUGUUCGACCCUUGUUGAAACAACAAGGUGCAACUCGCAUUUUAGGAAUUGUAUUGCGUUCUGCUAUGCCGCUGCCCGAGAUACAAGGAAUGGCGGCUGCCAUUCUCGCCAACUUAACAAAAGGGGAACAAAAUAUGAUCCAUAUUCAGCCAUUAUCACCAUUGACAGCUGCAUAGCCACAUGGUAUACUUUAGAUUAGCAUCCAUAAAACAAUAAAAUGUUAU